CGCACCAGGCAACCCCCCCUUCCAUGGAGUAAAAUAUCUCCGUCACACACAAAAGGAUCCGAGGAAGACAGCAGAGAUCUUGAAACCAAGAAAAAAAAAACAGGCUAGAUCGAGCAUCUAUCCUGCAUCCAAUCCACAGCAGCUGUAUCUACUAGUAGGUGCUAGUCUUACUCUGCUCUGGGCCGCUUCUGGCUGGCUCCAUGGCCGGGCUGAGCGUUCUCCUGGAGCCCCACAGCAAGAGCCACCCCUGCGGGAAGGGGAAGGCAGCGGCGGCGGCGCAGAUCAUCAGCAAGGCCACCCUCGUGAUCCACGGCCCCAGCCACAACCACAAGCAGCAGCCGCCGCAGCGGGUUCCGCCUGUCUCUCCGACGGCCGCGGGCUCCUUCCUGCAGCGCUGCUGCCUGUGCCACGCAGAGCUCGCCGAGGGCAUGGACAUCAACAUGUACAGAGGCGACCGGGCGUUCUGCAGCGUGGAGUGCCGGUGCAGGCAGAUCUUCAUGGACGAGGACGCCCUCAGCAACGGCGAGGGUGCCGGUGCCGGUACCGCCACCGUGCGGGGCAGCCGGCGAGCCGCCGGCGGCGGCCGUGUCGCCUACUGAGCGCGGCCUGAACAAACCAAGGUUUUCUCCGUGUAGAUGUAGCCGUGUAGGGUGGGGCCAGAUCUUCAUGGAUGGCCAUGGGAGCAGAACGAGCGAGAAAUCAUCCAAGAGACAGAGAGCAUAGGUCAUCACGCUCCGGCAGUGUGCUAGUAUCUGACAGCUCGUCCCCGUGGGACCCAUCGCUGGCGCAACAAAAGGAGGAGUAGUACGUGCGUGGCGUCUGGCUGGACCCACUGGAUAAGAUGGCCAUGACUGACUUGGAGCCGCUCUUGGGCCCCACCCCACCACCUCAUGAAGUGGAUCAGGAUCAACCGAGCAGUUAGCGGGCCGGCUCUGCCUUUUGUUAUUACGUCUCUCAAUGCAGAUUGGCUAACCGCGUUCGUCAACGGUGGAUAUCACUGACCGGAGUUGAUUCUGUGUCCACUGUUCAAGUUUGGCGGUACCUGCGGUGCACCUUGAGGGAAAUUUCUUCUUAUUAUUAUUAGUUCCUUCCUCUUCUUUGUAUUCUAAUUUGUAUAAUUUCUAUCUUGUGCAAUAAUAAUACUGUGUCGGUGUGACAUAUAUAUUUAUCUA